AUGAAGGUCUUCGUUUGUAUGUGUGCUCUGUUCGCUGUGGCCAACGCUGGCUUCCUGGGUCUCCUUGGAGGCGGCGGAGGAGGUGGCGGCGGCGGCGGAGCCAACCUGAAGGGCGGAUUCAGCCUGAGCGGCGGUGGUAACGGUGGAGGCGGUGGCAACGGAGGCGGAAGCUACCACGGAGGUGGCGGCGGUGGUGGUGGCUACCAUGGCGGACACGGUCCCAGUGGCCCGGUCCAAGUCGUCAAGGUCAUCCACCAGCAGGGCGGCGGAUACUCCGGUGGCUACUCCUCUGGAGGAUACUCCGCUGGCUCCAGCUAUGGCGGCGGCUACGGCUACGAGGCUGCUCCCCAGGUCAUCAAGGUGAAGGUCAUCUCCGGAGGCAGCAGCGGCGGCCAUGGACCCGCUCCCGGACCCGUCUACCUUCCCCCCGUUGCUGGCCCCGCCCCAUCCUCCGUGAAGGUCAUCAAGGUCCUGCAGGAGUCCGCCCCUCUGGUCAGCGCUCCUCUGGUUGAGAGUGCUCCUCAGAUCGUCAAGGUGGUGAACGUUGCUUCCGGCCCUGCUCCGGCUCCUGCCUUCAUCGGAGGCGGUGGCGCUUCUGUCGGUGGCGGAGCUGUGUCCCAGGUCAUCAAGGUCGUCCACGAGAGCCAGGAGGGCGGAUACUCUUCGGGCGGCGGAUACUCUUCCGGUGGCGGAUACGCUUCGGGUGCUGGCUACUCCGGCGGUGUCACCAAGGUGGUCCGCGUUAUCCAUGAGCACUCUGCCCCAGUGGCUGCCGCUCCUGCCUACGCUCCCAUCGAUGUGCCCACCCCAGUGGCUGCUCCGGUGUCUUCCUACCUGCCCCCUGUUCAGGAAGUCGCUGCUCCCGCUCCAGUCUAUGCUCCUGCCCCAGUGGUUGCUCCUGCUCCGGUGUACGCCGCUCCUGCUCCAGCUCCAGUUUACUCCGCCCCAGCUCCAGCUCCAGUUUACUCUGCCCCAGCACCAGCUCCAGUUUACUCUGCCCCAGCUCCAGCUCCAGUUUACUCUGCCCCAGCUCCAGCUCCAGUUUACUCCGCCCCAGCUCCGGCUCCAGUAUACUCUGCCCCAGCUCCGGCUCCAGUUUACUCUGCCCCAGCUCCGGCUCCAGUUUACUCCGCUCCUGCUCCAGCUCCAGCUCCAGUUUACGCAGCUCCAGCACCAGCGCCCGUCCUGAGCGUGCCCCAUCCCGCUCCGGCGCCGGUCUUCGCCCCCGAGGAGCCCGUCCUGCCAGUGGGCCACGCCCCCGCCCAGACCUACGGCCCACCCGCCUACUAGAGAGGAUCCUUCCUGCUACUACAUCGAGCACCCUACCAUUCCUACACAACGCCAUGAGUUUAAUUUAAGACAUUUUUUUUACCACGCAUUUUUUUGUUAGAAAAUUAAAAGAGAAAUUCCAAAAAACGCUAAACGUUUAUUAUAAUUAGGGAUAGCUAUCGAAGAAAUAGACACCGUAAACUUGACCUUCGGGGAACAGGUUUGGGGUUUCCACACUGGGAAAAAUAGCGGCGCCUGGCGCCUGGUGGCUGGUGGUUGGUGGUUGCAAUCGUUAUGCAAUUUUCCAUUAGGCCAUUUAACGAAAGUGUGUGGAAAUUGGUCGAUUUCGUACUAUUACUAAUUUAUAUUACAAAAUUGAUUAGCGCUCGAGAGCAGCCGAGAGACCAGGCUGGCUAAUUCGUCUUGAGGCUGGGCCAGAAUUUGCAUAAGAAAGUUGGCGGGAGCAGCACAUUCCAGCGCACAAAAGAAACGCCUUUAAAUAUGAUUAAAGGCUAGAGGCCAGUGGAUUAGCAUAACGAGAGUACCACAGGGCGAGGAAAUAUCACACAUUUCUCUUCGGCGAAUGUUUAAUCACUGAAUUGGCAGCGAAACAGAAAAAAAAUUACAAAAAAACAAUCGAAGACUGUGACGAGGCGACGUUUGAAGUUGUUUGGUGAUCACGGUCAUUAAUACGGAUAUUAUGAUUCGCUUUUUUAUUGUUUCAUAACGCCUUGCUUUUAAAGAGGAUCGUUUAUGUUUUAUUAAUUUCAGACACAAAACAUCGGUUUGUGGAUGUUGGUGGCGGUGUGUGUGGUGUUGUU